CCACGCUUGCGGGACGAUCAUUGCAAGGUUCUGCCACCUGGGCCAAUCCGACAAUGCGACGGCUUGAACAUCCGAAACGAUACCUGUUGCAUUAGGCCUACAGCAAGCCUAGCAAAAGAAAUCUUACCGCCAUAUCAUGCGCGACAGUUCUUCGUCCCCGGCCCUGGUCAUGACGUCCAGAGUAUCUUUUACGGUGCAGAUAUUGAGAUGAACGUCAUUGUUUCAUGACAUGCCGUUUUUCCGGGGGAAGCAAUGACCACAUGGGUAACGACCAACAUAUAUCAACAUCACUAACCUGCAUCUUGAGCAAGGGAAUAUUUCUGAACCUGAUUCAACCGCCUAAUUUGCAACCCCGGACUAUCCUUCUCACGAAACAAAGGAACGUCCGGCACGAUGGAGUCGAACCUCGUGAGGCGCAAUGGCGCCCUGACCGUCAACACAAUGACACAGAACAACCAGUCUGUCGCCAUCCACCAAACAGUACGUGGUUCUGACUGGUACUUCACGGUGUGCGCCGUGAUGGGUACCACCAGUCUCGCCAUUCUCGCGCUCAGCAGAAUGAAGCCUCGAACCGAUCGGAUUUUCUUCUACCUGACCAGUGGUCUGUGUAUGGUCGCUUGCAUUGCCUAUUUCACCAUGGGCGCCAAUCUCGGAUGGACUCCUAUCGACGUCGAGUGGAUGCGCAGUGAUCAUCUCGUCCACGGUGUCAACAGACAGGUCUUCUACGCCAGAUACGUCGAUUGGUUUAUCACCACCCCGAUGCUGCUGAUGGAUCUGCUGUUGACCGCCGGCAUGCCGUGGCCCACCAUUCUUUGGAUCAUCCUCCUCGACGAGAUCAUGAUUGUGACUGGCCUGAUUGGUGCCCUGGUCAAAUCCCGCUACAAAUGGGGAUUCUACGCUUUCGGCUGUGCCGCCAUGUUCUACAUCAUGUGGGAACUCGCCUUCCCGGCCCGUAAACACGCCAAGGUUCUGGGCAAGGACGUCCAUCGCUCGUUUGUCCUCUGCGGUGUUCUUACGCUCGUCGUCUGGUUUUGCUACCCUAUCUGCUGGGGCCUAGCCGAAGGUGGCAACGUCAUCUCUCCCGACAGCGAGUCUGUCUUCUACGGUGUUCUCGAUGUCCUUGCCAAACCGGGUUUCUCCAUCGCCCUGAUCGCCACCCAUUGGAAUAUUGACCCUGGCCGAUUGGGUCUCCGCAUCAAAGAGUAUGGCGACUCGGCUUUCGACCCUGCUGCCCGCGAGAAGGUCAAUAUCCCCGGUCAAGACGCCCCGACCCACCAAUCGCAAGAGCUUAACAAUGUUGGACACAACAACAAUACUACCAAUGGCAAUAACAGCAACAAUGACUACAGCGCCACCAGCACUGGUGUCGGUGCUCACAAUAUUGGAGUCAACAGCAGAGAGGCUCACGUUGGAACUCACUAUAACGGCACCGCACCUGUGUACGACAGGGUCGCCGACGUCUAAGCGCUACACCGUUGGAAAGUGUGUUUGUCGACAGAGGACUCAGCUCAGCAUAGAGCGCUGCAAACCUCUCCCCUCAAACCAGGGAUUUGUCCAG